UUUUGUCUAAAGUAGUACAGUCCAAGCUAUGGAACUCCGAGAAUCUGUGUUUGAAAAAACUUCUUUUAGUUCCAGCACUGCUUUUCUUUUUCUUCUCUGCUUUUUCUUCAAACAGAUUCUCUAACAACCAUUUUAUUAUUUCAAAGAAAAAAUAACAGGUCUGGACUAUCUUGUCAUAUACUUGUUAGAAAAAUAUUCAGAACCAGAGCGUCUUGGCAAGACACAGGACAAAGGUAAGAAGAAAAAAAGACACGAAGGCCAGGACAUCCAAACUUACUGACCUGUCCACUACAUUAUGAUGCUAAAAAUGCUUGAAACCUUAAGCUAUUAAUAUCAAGAGCAACUACUUCGGUGAUUCUAAAGUCAACGUUUCUUUUCUCUUCUCUCCUUCUCCCAUUAUAAUGCCAUUAUUGACCUAAAAAUAUGUUAAAACACCUAUGACGGAGGUAGUGUGGCAUGGAUCGUAAUAGGUGGUAAUCAGCAUUCAGGGUUAAAUUUCAACUCAUUCAGUUUUGAUUUGAUAGUCUUGAAGGUGUGCAGUAUUGUUUGGGACGCUUUUGAAACUCAAUAUAUUGCCAUGCAAAUGUCGUCAAAUUGUGUAGGACACAUUUGCAGCUUCUGGAACUUAAUCCAAUGCCAUGCAAGUGCGUCAAUUGUGCGGGAAACUUUUGCAGCUUCUGGAACUUUAUCUAAUAUCGUGAGUUGGAGUCUACCGCAUGGAUCGUUCUCCCAGAACGGGCAACACGAGGUCACCAUGGGCAUUGAAGAAAGUCAACCCGAAGAUCAGGGCCAAUGUGAGGCACCGGUUGAAAAAGGAAGCAGACUUGUUGCAGACGCUGAACCAUCCGAAUAUAAUUGGCUUCCGUGCUUUUACGACAGCAGAAGGCCGUGAGGUGCUAGCCAUGGAAGAAGGAGGACAUUCGCUUGGUGACUUGAUUGAAAAGAGACGAGAGGAGGAUAUACCUCCAUUUUCUCCUCAUGAAAUAAUGAAAGUGAUUAUCGGCGUAUCCAAAGCCCUUCAUUACAUCCAUAACGAAAAGAAAAUUAUCCAUGGUGACAUCAAGUCCUUCAAUGUAUUAAUUAAAGAGAAUUUUGAUGUAGUCAAGCUAUGCGAUUUUGGUGUAAGCCAUCCACUGGAUGAAGCGGGAGAAGCUGAAGACUACAUCGGAACUGAAUGCUGGUGCGCACCGGAGGUAAUAAUCGGUGACUCAGUUACUUUGAAAGCUGAUAUAUUCUCUUUCGGUCUCACUAUAUGGGAGAUGAUGACCCUCCAGAUUCCACACAGCGGGUUUGAAGAGACUGACCCUCAGAUAAACGAAUCGCAGAUCGUCGACCCUUCGGACAACUACGGCACAAGGCCUCCACUCCCAGACUACUUGGGACCGGAUUACACUGUGGUUAAAGAGAUCUUCAUGUGGUGCACCGAAGAAAACCCCAAUAGGAGACCUACAGCACAGGAUAUUCUUAAAAGGGUCGGAGUAAAAUGCUAGCCUCUGUUACCCAUUGUUCACCUAUUUAUGCAAUAAUGAUAUUUUUAUAUUUGAUGUACUUUUUUAAAUAAAAGGUUAGCAUAGUUUUCUAUAAACAUGAUAAACAUGAGAUGUAAAUAGUUUGUUUUGUUAAAAAUGUGAUAAUGUGCAUGA